AUGAAUUUCGAACAGAUUCUAACAGCUGUAGGAGGGUUUGGAAAGUACCAGAAGAUUCUGUAUGUGUGGAUCUGUCUGCCUCAGAUACUACUGGGUUUUCACAUGAUGGCCAGCAUCUUUACCGGGGCUACACCAGGACAUCGCUGCCGGGACAGCCCGAGCUCAGGCCCCGGUAAUAACGUUCAUAAUGGUAGCCUGGCUUUGACUUCAUCCGUUACUGUUACUGCAAAGCUGAACCUCAGCAUCCCGGUGGAUCCACAGGUGGACGACUCCUGCGUCCUCAUGGACAUUCUAACAGAGAACGGGACUGCGCGCGCGCCUUGCGAGCACGGAUGGGUGUACAGCCAGGAUAUUUAUCAAAGCACUACCAUCACCGAGUGGGACUUGGUGUGUGACAAGGCAUGGCUCAACAGUUUGGGGUCUUCUGUCUACAUGUUGGGUCUGCUGGUGGGAGCAGUCAUCUUUGGAGCUAUGGCAGACAGGAUUGGUAGGAGGUAUGCCCUGCUCCUCUCCCUAGCACUACAGACAGUGUUUGGAGUGGCUGCGGCUUUUGCUCCAAACUUCCCUGUGUAUGUCCUGCUGCGAUUUAUUCUGGGGACUACUAUCUCUGGAGUCAUCAUCAACGCCUUUGUACUGGGUACAGAGUGGACGUGUGCCCAGCGUCGUAUGUUAGCUGGUGUCUUCACUGACUACUUCUUUGGCCUGGGCUACAUGCUAAUAGCUGGACUAGCCUACCUCAUACGAGACUGGAGAAAACUACAGCUGGCUAUAUCUGUUCCUGGCUUUCUGUUCAUCUUCUAUAUAUGGGUGCUUCCUCAGUCAGCUAGGUGGUUGCUAGCCAAUGACAGGAGAGAGGAGGCCAUUGUUCUACUACGCAAAGCUGCUACAGUCAACGGACGUGUAUUACCACCUACUAUACAGGUACCACACAGACACAUCUUGUGUUUUUCACAAAGGAGACACUCAGCUGCAGAUCUCAUUAGAACACCCCAGAUGAGGAAAAGAGCUCUUAUCCUUUUCUAUGUCUGGUUUGUGAAUGUAUUGGUAUAUUAUGGACUGUCUCUAGGUGUAUCUAAACUGGGCUCAGACCUCUACCUGACUCAGUUCAUCUUUGGAUUGGUGGAGAUCCCUGCCAGGUCAUUGGUCCUCCUGUUCCUCCCUUGGAGCAGACGCCUAUCCCAGAGUGGCUUUCUGGCCCUUGGGGGCGUGGCCUGUCUGCUCACUCUAACUGUACCUACAGUCCUCAAGCGAAGGGAAGAGGUGAAAGCAGGAGAGCGCAUAACCUAG